AUGUCAAUGGAAGGGUCAAGUAACGCUUCUUUGAGGGGGGGAUUGUUACAUGGUAACUUAGACAUUUGUGUUAAGGAGGCUAAAAAUCUUCCUAACAUGGAUCGGUUCCAGAUGUAUACGAAGAACAGUACAAGUGAUCCGUUCGUGACUGUCUCUAUCGCAGGUGCAGAGAUUGGCACAACUUUUGUUAUCAACAACAGUGAGAAUCCUGAGUGGAUGCAGCAUUUCUAUGUACCGGUGGCUCACCAUGCGGAGGUGGUUAAGUUUGUGGUGAAAGACAGUGACCUAUUUGGAGCCAAGUACAUAGGAGAAGUCGUAAUCCCAACCGAGCAGUUGUCUUCAGGGAAUAGGAUGGAAGGGUUGUUUCCGAUACUUAACGGUAGUGGGAAGCCAUGUAAAAAGGGUGCUGUGUUGAGUUUGACUAUUCAGUACAUUCCAGUGGAAAUGAUGAAAGUUUACCAAAUGGGUGUUGGUAAUGAGUGUGAAGGAGUUCCCGGUACAUACUUCCCCUUGAGGAAAGGCGGUAGAGUUACUCUGUAUCAAGAUGCUCAUGUUGAAGACGGAACACUUCCGAGUGUAGAUCUCGAUGGUGGGAUGAAGUAUAUGCAUGGAAAGUGCUGGGAAGAUAUGGCUGACGCGAUUAGACAGGCGAGGAAGUUGAUUUAUAUCACAGGUUGGUCAAUAUACCAUCCGGUUAGGCUGGUUCGUCGCAAUAACGAUCAAACCGAUGUUACAUUAGGUUCUUUGCUCAAACAAAGAUCUAAUGAAGGUGUUAGAGUGUUGCUAUUGGUGUGGGAUGAUCCAACUUCGAGGAGCUUUCCAAAGUACAGAACACAAGGAGUUAUGAACACAAGCGAUGAGGAGACUCGUUAUUAUUUCAAGAACUCGUCGGUGCAAGUGAUUAUUUGUCCUAGAUCGGAUGCGGAAGGUCGCCACGGCAUCGUAAAACACAGUGAAGUUGGAGCUUACUACACACAUCAUCAAAAAACUUUGAUUGUAGAUGCUGAUGCAGGUCAGGGCCGAAGAAAGAUCGUAGGGUUUUCGGAGGGUUAG